UUACAGGUCAGUCCCACCCAGCUCUCCAUGGACCGUGACCAGAAACUAGAAAGCUCGGACUUCUCCUUCUGAUAUAAGUUGAAAUUUCCUUCCAAGGAAUUAAACCGGUAGCAGUAUAAUCCACGUACUUCUCUAUAAGGCGAAAAGUUCACUUUCCUCUUCCCUCUCCGAAGCAGGGACCGAACAAAAAAAACCCUAGCAGAUCGAUCAAGUCUUCAUCCGUUGCUUCAACUAGUCAUGCCUUCCCGUCGGAGAACCCUCUUGAAGGUCAUCAUCCUCGGCGACAGCGGGGUGGGAAAGACCUCUUUGAUGAAUCAAUAUGUAAAUAAGAAGUUUAGCAAUCAAUACAAGGCAACUAUUGGAGCUGAUUUCUUGACUAAGGAAGUGCAAUUUGAAGAUAGGCUCUUCACUUUGCAGAUCUGGGAUACCGCUGGCCAGGAGAGAUUCCAAAGCCUAGGUGUUGCAUUUUAUCGUGGUGCUGAUUGCUGUGUUCUUGUAUAUGAUGUUAAUUCAAUGAAAUCUUUCGACAACCUUAAUAACUGGAGAGAGGAAUUCCUUAUUCAGGCAAGUCCUUCAGAUCCAGAGAAUUUCCCGUUUGUUGUUCUUGGAAACAAGAUUGAUGUGGAUGGUGGAAAUAGUAGAGUGGUUUCAGAAAAAAAGGCACGAGCUUGGUGUGCUUCGAAAGGGAAUAUCCCAUACUUUGAGACCUCUGCCAAAGAAGGCAUUAAUGUGGAAGAAGCUUUCCAAUGCAUAGCAAAGAAUGCCCUGAAGAGUGGAGAAGAGGAGGAGAUUUACUUGCCUGACACCAUUGAUGUUGGAACAAGCAGUCAGCCUAGGUCAACUGGAUGUGAGUGCUAAAUUAUGGCUUGAUUCUUCAGCAUCAACCAUCUUUGCUAGUCUUACAAAUGAUUUGGUCUCUUUUAGCCAUUUUUACUGAUAUGUACGUGAUUAUAGUGUACAUUAGCGUUUGUGGCAAACAAAUUGGUCCCAUUGUUGCUGGUUCUGGUGUCUUUCUUUGUAACUUCUUUAUGUGUUCAGUUGGUGUUUGAUUUCUUUCUUUCUUUCUUUCUAGGAACUAUUCUGUUGUCUUUCGCUAGUCUUAUUCCUAUUAUAAUGUCUAUUUGUUCUUUCAAUUGUCAAA